UUGCACGCACCGCCCCCCGUUUUGUCUUCUACCAGGAAGAAGGUCGUUAAUGUGACGGUCACGCACUACUGUAUUUCAGUUUCCAAACCGCCGUUAAAACACAAUCGAGAAAGGGAGGUCGCUAACUCUUUCAAAAAAAAAGUUAACGAACACGUCCAUGUCGACAUGGAGCCGAACAUCUACUCCAGGUUCCGUUUUCAGUGAACCAGCAGCCUUGCGUGUAUAAAUGACGUCUGUGAGGAUUAUUUUUUUCUGACCUCCAAGCGACUUUUCCUCAUGCCUCAGACCUCACAUCAGAGACAUCCCUCAAAAUCUAAGCAUAUAACUAAGGACAGAAAAAGAAACUAACAAGAACCGCCCCUGCAUCCUCUCCGACCUGAACUGCCCAACGAGGAUGGAGACGAUCCUUCUAUGAGUACUUUUGGCAUCGCCGUCCAAGGCCUCCCCUUGGCCCUGUCCACCAUGACGCAAGCGGUUUCCUCAGACUCCCGCCUCAAGCCCAAAUGGCCGGUGAUCUCUGUGGCCGUACUGCUGGCUUUGAUGCUGAUGUUGUACCUGCACCGCACGGGAGGGUACGGAGACUCUCCAGCCAGCCAGUCCCACCACAACAGUUUGCAAAUGUAUCAUCAGAGUAAUGACCAGAUGAUCUGGGACACUCAGAGACAACGUAUGCUGCGCGUCUCCCAGCUGCAUAAAAGGGAAAAUCCUUACAAUGACACGUACCCUCUAAGUCCACCUGUGAAGACCAGCAAUGGCAUCAGGUACCGCAUCGCAGUCAUUGCAGACCUUGACACAGCGUCGCGCAGCCCGAAGGACCAGACGUGGUUUAGCUACAUGAAAAAGGGUCACCUGACCGUCGCAGAAAGUGCCGACACACUGGAAGUGGAAUGGGAUGAGGAAACGAUCACACUGGAGAGUCACCUCGCGGAGAAAGGACGAGGUAUGGAGUUGUCUGAGCUGGUGGUGUUCAACGGGCAUCUGUACAGCGUGGAUGACCGCACAGGGGUGGUGUACAGGAUUGAUGGCAGGCGGGCGAUCCCCUGGGUCAUACUGCCUGACGGCGAUGGGUCUGUUUCCAAAGGCUUUAAGGCAGAGUGGCUUGCAGUGAAGGACCAGCAACUAUACGUUGGCGGUCUUGGCAAGGAGUGGACCACUACCACUGGCGAGGUAGUCAACCACCACCCGCAGUGGGUGAAAGUCGUCGGUUACUAUGGUGACGUUGAGCAUAAGAACUGGCUGUCCUACUACAACGCCCUGCGGAGCGCUGCGGGGAUCAAACCACCAGGCUACCUUAUCCAUGAAUCUGCAGCAUGGAGCGAGCGGCUUCAACGUUGGUUCUUCCUGCCUCGCCGCGCCAGUCACGAGCGUUAUGACGAGGGCGCAGACGAGCGGCGCGCUACCAACUUGCUGCUGUCCUGCCGGGUCGAUUUCAGCGACAUGACGACGCGCCGUGUUGGACCUCUGAACCCGACCCAUGGUUUUUCCUCAUUUAAAUUUGUUCCCGACACAGAUGAUCAGAUUAUUCUGGCCCUGAAAUCCAAGGAGGACGCGGGCCGGAUCGCCUCCUACAUCGUUGCAUUUACGCUCGACGGCCAGUUGCUGAUGCCUGAGACAAAGAUCGGCGAUGUCAAGUACGAAGGCCUGGAGUUUAUUUGAAAAUAACAAGGCUUUCUUUCCAGUAACAUGAUGUUUGCGCCCCCACUUGUCUACACACUGCAUAGUUUAAUAUCGCGUUUGCGAAUUAUGAUUAAGCAGGAAAGCUCACCCUUUUUUAUCCAUCUGAGGGGGCGGGCCAUUUUGCCACCUGCUGCCGACUGAAAAAAAAUAUCACAAUUGCUCAGGGCUCAGGUAACAACCAAUCAGCACUCAGCUUCAGGAAACAGAAACGCUGUGGUCGUUAACCGAGCAACUGUGAUGUCAUUUUCAGUAGACGAUAAGUAGUAAAAUGGCCGCCCUCCGAGACGGAUAAAAACAGUUGGAUUUUGGUGCUGCUCAAUUCAUUCCAUGAACAAAAUAUUCCUCAUAACACCAUGUUUAGACUAGUGGGGUUGCAUCCAACAAAUUACUGUCAAGAAAAUUUGGGGGUUUACUUCCCCUUUAACUAAUAUAAGCAUAUUGGUUCACUUGAUCAUGGUUACCUUAAAAUAACACACAAAAUAUGCAAUUUGUCUCCUGUGGGUAAACUCUGCUGGCCAGACUCUCAGGGCUACCCGUGUAACAUCGCACACCAUUGAAUGUUCAUGCACUACUUGAAAUGAAUAGUUUUACUCAUAGCUUUGUCUUGAAAGGCUAUUUUCAUAUUUAUACUGACCAGAUUUAAAAUUUUUAUUUUAAGUUCUAAUGAAUCAAUAAAGCAAAUAAGCAGCAGAAUUAUUUAAUAUAAAAAUAAACCAUUAAUAUAUUUUGGAACUAAGCCACACAACAGAAUAAAUGUAUCCCCUAUGA